AGUUUCCUAUUAUUAUUUAAUAUUUUGAUAUUUCAUUUUUAGUUUGAAUUUUUGAUUUUAUUAAUUUGUCAAAUAAAUAGUAAUUAUUUUAAGUGGCCACGUAUAAAAUGUUUAUUAGCUCAAAUUCAUUUAUUACUAAAAAUUUCCCUAGAAUCGAAUGAAAACUUCUACAUUAUUUGUAUUCAUUAUUCUUUAGUUAUACCUCACAUAAAUAAAUAACAAUGGAUUUUUUAAAUACUAAUACCGGACAAAAUAACUUCAAUAAUCCGAAUGGUGGUCAUACUGCAGUUUAUAUCGAUGACCGACCAAUGAAUAAUGUAGAAGGACGAAUGACCGUGUCUGGAUCACUAAUGCAAAAUAUUGGAGAACCUGGAUUCAACACAUUAGAUGAACCUAUUAAAACAACUAUUAUGAGAGACUUAAAAGCUGUUGGAAUGAAAUUUAAGCAUGUCUUGUAUUUGAAAGAAAAAAACACACUUCUUAAAGAAUGGGACUUAUGGGGCCCAUUGAUGCUUUGCACAUUUAUGGCCAUGGUUCUACAAGCAUCGCCAGAUUCUAUACAAAUUGGUGAUGGAGGUCCUGAAUUUGCUGAGGUUUUUGUCAUUAUUUGGAUAGGGUCUGUGAUUAUUACAUUAAAUUCAAAAUUACUUGGUGGCACAAUAUCGUUUUUCCAAAGUGUAUGUGUUUUAGGUUAUUGUUUACUACCAAUUGUUAUAGCCUUAAUAGUAUGCAGAUUUAUUUUAAUAUUUGAGCAAACAAACUUCUUAUUUUUUAUUCGAUUUGCCAUAUCAAUUGGUUCAUUUUUGUGGUCCACAUAUGCUUCUGUUGUAUUCCUUGGAGAUAGUCAACCUCAAGGGAAAAAAGCUCUAGCUGUUUAUCCAAUAUUUUUGUUUUACUUUAUCAUGUCAUGGCUUGUAUUAUCACACACAGUGUAGCAUUGUUAAUAAAAAUGACAUUUUGAGAUGUUA